AUGCAUAUUACACCCACACAGGAAGGUUUGAGUCCAUUUGAAAUGAUACAUGGGAGGCCAUAUAGAAUACCCUUACUACUAAAUGAAACACCAGUUGAAGAAUCUGAACGUACCUUAGCAGAAUAUAUGUCUAACUUGUUGAAACAGAAACAAAUUAAUGAGAUCUGUUCUAUUCCAGAAGGUCCAAUCCAAGGAGAAGAGAAAAUCCAUAUCGGAGACUGGGUCCUAAUAAAAGAAAAGGUAGACACAGAAGAGAAAGAAGAAGGCCAUAGUAAGAUAGAAGUUCUGAGUAACACUGUAAGAUUUACUAACCUAACAGUAGAAGAUGCCAUAGCUUUGGAGACGGGUUACCAAGAAAAAAAUGAGUGGUUAGAAUGGUUAAGGUACACGGUUAAAACUCUAAAAAAGGAAAACUGUUUAGUUUGUGCUGGAGCUAGACCACAUUUAGCGACGGUCCCUUUUCCUCUAGAUUACAAUACAGAUCCAGAAGGUUUAAAAUGUAUGCUGCGUUUAUAUAAUAAGAGUUAUAAACCAGAAAUAAAUUCUACCUGUCACACAUUGAGUUUGUUGUUUCCCCCAGUGCAGAGACCUCAGAUACCUCCAGCGGUUGCUACGUAUCCGGGCAAUUUUACUUGUUUUGCACUCCCGGGGAACAGUAGCGCAAUGGAUCUUGGGUCACUACCUGAUGACUGCUGUGCGGAGAGGAUUAACAAGGAACAUGGUGACUGGGUGGAACAUGACAUUCAGAGAGCUGAUGUCUGGUGGAUGUGUGGGGAUAAGAAACUGCGAGCUAGGGUCCCGGCCAAUGCCCGAGGGGAUUGUGCUAUGGUCCAGCUAGUUAUGCCCCUGAGAAUCCUGUCAGAACACCCGUGGACUAAGAGUCACCAACGGUAUCAAAGGGACACCUCUCUCAAAGGGUCAUUUGACUCCCAUAUCUACAUAGAUGAGAUUGGAGUUCCUCGAGGGGUGCCGAAUGAGUUUAAGGCCAGGAAUCAGGUAACGGCAGGGUUUGAGUCUCUUUUCUGGUGGGUAACUAUAAAUAAAAAUGUUGACUGGAUUAACUAUAUAUACUACAACCAACAACGAUUUGUAAACUAUACCAGGGAUGCUGUAAAAGGUCUAGCAGAACAGCUGGGCCCCACCUCUCUAAUGGCAUGGCAGAACCAAAUGGCUUUAGAUAUGAUCUUAGCUGAAAGAGGAGGGGUAUGCAAAAUGUUUGGUAGCAUGUGUUGUACCUUUAUCCCUAAUAAUACAGCUCCUGGAGGGACUGUGACCAAAGCCCUGGAAGGACUAACUGCUCUAUCGAAUGAAUUAGCAGAGAAUUCAGGUAUUAAUGAUCCAUUCACAAACUGGCUUGAAGGAUGGUUUGGUAAAUGGACUGGACUUAUCGCAUCAUGUUUGAUCUCAAUUGCUGUGGCUUUGGCCGUUCUGGUCACUUGCGGAUGUUGCUGCAUUCCCUGUGUUCGAGGACUUUCACAAAAAGUGAUCGAAACUGCAAUCUCAAGAACAAUGUAUCAAGCACUUCCUACCUCCGAGGAGACAUGUGUGGACGUUGAAGUUCAACUUAAUGACAUAUAGCCCGAAAGUGCAUAAAACACAGGGACUAUCAUCGAAAUGUGUUGAGAUAAAAUAGCCACACAAGAGGAGGGAAUGUUGGAAAAGUUUUCUAUGUGCAUUGUGUGACUAUUUAUAAAAAUGUAAAAUGGAGUCCAGUUUCUGUAAUGGCUUCUAAGGACACGUUGCUUUAGUUCUAUUGUUUGUUUUACUUCCUUAAAUCAAACUUUGCUAAGAGUUGUAAAGAGACACUGUGAUUGGCAAUAAAGCUGUUUGCGUCAUGAGCCACCGGUGGUCUUUAAGCCAAUAGUACACUUUCUGUUGACCAUAUAAGAAGGUCAUACACCUCGUGUCUGUAUGGGACUUUUGCUUUUUCACGUAGCAUGUAGACUUCCAUCCAGUUAUACCGGUGUAACUGAAAUAAAGCUAUCUUGCUUCUGAAA